AAUUAUUCGAGUUCUAUUUAAAAAUAUUGGAUGAUUAAUAACUUCUGUAGCUGUAGGUCUUUGUUAAGGAUUUGAACUAAGCAUUUUAGAAACUAAUUGCUUCAUAUCAGGAUUAAUAUUAGCCCAUUCUGAACCAUCAAAAUUAACUACACCUCGUUAAAUGGCUGUUUUGAUAGCCUAUACAUCACGACCUUGGAAUGGCAUAUGAGAUGUUAAAAAGAAAUACAAUAAACAUCCACUUGACCAUAUAUCUGCCUUUUAUGUUAUAGGUGUAUUAACUGUAUUUUAUUUAAUAACUUCAGGAGGUUUAAAAGAUAUAUCCGAAACACUUAAACUGGGCUUCCAUGACAUACAUAUAGUUUUCAUAGAAUUUGGAAUACCAAAAUCAAUAA